AUGAAUAAGAAUUGGAGGAUACCAAAAUAGAGAUUAUUUGGGUCGUAUUGUAUUGGGUAACAUUUUUGUUAACAUGGUAAUGAUUAUGGUAUUCUAUAUCAUAGGUUUUUUCUUCCAAUCACUUUAGACUAUGAAGAUGCAGGAGAAUUCACUUUUAAACAAAAACUCAUUAAAGCGAUUAAAAUAAAUUUGAUAACCUAUGCGAUUUUUGGGGUUUUAGGAAUAGCAUUUACAAUAUAUUUGCUAGUUGAGAAGUCAUUUACUUUUCAAGCUUUGCUAGCAUUUACAGUUGUGCUGAGUAAUGCAUUAGGGUUGUUGAUUGUCACUUUUCUUUUAGGAUAUGCGAUCGUUGCCAUUCCCAAAUAAUUUUUUAGAGAAAGCAACCAUCAAAUUUAAGUUAACUUAAAAUAUCAUUCGAUAAACAAGACUAAAUAGUUGCUUGAAUAGGAAUCCCUAGAUCUAGAUGAUUUGUUGAUUGAGAUUUUGUCUUAUGAAUCAAAAUACAAAUACAAUGAAGAAUAUCAACCUUAUAUCUAAAAGAUACUUCAAUUAUUCACAAAGGAAUAGAUAGAUUCAGCAAAGCUUAGUCGUCUAAGAAGUAAGAACGACCAAGGUUUAGAAGAUAUGAAUCUUGAUAAAUUUGCAGAGAUUCAUAAGCGCGCAAAGGAAUUGUCCUAUGAUUGUGUAAGGAAUACAAAGAAAUUGGAAAUAUUAACUUAAUAAGCAUUAUUUAUAGAGGACAUCAUAAAUUGUGAUAUGAGAGGGAAGAAAAUAACAUCAGCCAUAAGACCAGAAAGAGCUGGUUGUUUUGGAAACUUCAUAGACAAAGUACAAUAUUAUUGGUACGUCAAAUUUUGGAGAGUUAUCAUGUACAGUGCAGCUAUCAUUUUUAUCUGUCUUGGAGCUUUAAUUACUUUGUCUGAGAUUGCAAUCUUUGGUAAUCUUAAGUUCAAUGUUUUUAUCUAUUUCGUAAAUGAUGAGGAAGAGUUUUUUGCAGUUCAAAUACUCGUGUUAAUUCCUUUACUCUAUGUUUUAUAUUGUGUAUAGUAUGGACUACUAAGUAUAAGAUUGAAUAGAUAUGGAUUUUAUGAUUACGGUUUCACAGAUGGACCAUCUUUAAUCUUUUCAGCCACUUUCAUUUCAAGAAUUGCCUUUCCUUUGGCUUUUAAUUUCUUUUGGAUGUUCAAUGAAUCAGAUGCAGAUAUUGCAAAUGUUGUUGGAAAUUUCAAUUUCGAUUAAUAUUUAACCGAAUUCAAAUUGGCCUUUCCAAUUUUAUUGGUGAUUUUGAUCAUUUGCAAUAUAUUUGACAUAUAUGAUAAGCUAUUGGGAGCUUUGGGUUUUCAAAGGUUUUAAUUUGAGAUUGGAUAUGCAGAUGAGCACACAGAAGAGGGUCAGGAGUAUGUUCAAAAGAACAGGUUGGAAUAAUCAAAGGCUCAAGCUCCACGUCUAGAUCUUAAGCAACCUUUUUUAUGA